CCUUAUGCCAACGCAGCUGGAAGUUGCCAUGGAUAGCAUGAUUAGAAUCUUCCAUCAGUACUCGUGCAAGGAAGGGGAUAAAUUUAAGCUCAGCAAAGGGGAACUGAAAAUGCUCAUGCAGCAAGAGCUCACGGAUUUCCUCUCGUGUCAAAAGGAUCCCCAGUUGGUUGAUAAGAUAAUGCAAGACUUGGAUGCCAAUAAGGACAAUGAAGUGGAUUUUAAUGAAUUCGUGGUCAUGGUGGCCGCUCUGACUGUUGCUUGUAACGAUUACUUUGUAGAACAAUUGAAGAAAAAAGGAAACUAAAG